ACCAGACAGUUUCUUCACGGGAACAAGAAAUUUGCACUUUUCAUGAAAGUACAAUUUAGAUAAUUCUGAACGUCUCAAUUUAAUUCCAAAAACUUGAAAUUCUGAAAAAAUACAUUAAAAAGUUGUUGAGAUCCCAAUGCCCGUCCUAUGCACCAUUGCUAGUUUUAUCUACUUUUUGGUUUCAUUUUUAAAACUUCUGAUAACCUUGUUUACCAACUCCCUUCUUUGAACUAAUAGUCACAUGACUAGUUACUGGUAUAUCUGUGUCAUUGGCAAAUGCCUUUUAUAUAUAAAUAAAGCCAGUACUAGUAUACAUAUUUCCUAACUUUUUUUUAUGGAAAUGAAAACAGCAUCACGUUGCCAGCUAUACAAAGGAGUUUUACCAUAUCUCAAACAGUGAAAUGUGACUGUCUCACUCCUUGCCCCAAGUGUGUCUCCGUGGGCUGCAAAUGUACCCACACUUGAUGCUUUUCACAAGAUCAUCUCUUCUCUCACUCCUCCCCUUCACAUGAAGAGUGUCAGAUUAUCAGUGCAAUAUCAUGCAUUAUCUCCCAUGGUAAAUAAGGGACAACAUGGCCGACAUGGCUAUCUGCCCAAGCUUAUCUUCCUUGGGGUCUGUUGCGCCAGUUUUGCUGGAGACAGGCCUGAACAUUUCAGAGGUGAAAAGUCACUCAAGAUGGAGGGUAAGGGUCAAGGUCUUAAGACAACUGUGGUUGGCAGUUAUCCUAAGCCAGACUAUUUAAAGAUUCCCGACUGGUUCAAGACCAAAAUUCCCAAUUAUUCUGCCAGAAUGUACAACCAGUACAGUGCAGAGGAGGCUAAAGAAUGUGAGGAGUCUUUGAAGAGAGCUUUGAAGGAAUGCAUGGAAGAACAGUCUUCUCUUGGGAUUGAUGUCAUUACAGAUGGGGAAACAAGGAGAGAGAACUAUAUUUAUCCAUUUUGCCGUGCCUUGAAGAACUUCAGUUUUACGGAGCUGACUUUCAAGGUGUAUCGUAAUGGUGCCACAAAGAAUCACGUUCCUACAGUGAUUGGUCCUCUGGAGCCAGCCAGUGCUGACCCCUGGUGUGCAAAAGAGUGGCAAGAGAGCCAAGCAAUGACCAAGACUCCAGUCAAGUAUACUAUGCCUGGACCUAUGACCAUCAUGGGAAGCACAGCAAACAAGUAUUACAAGACUGAAAAGGAUUGGAGUGAGGCCCUCGUGAAACUCGUGAACCGAGAGGUGCGUGCACUUGCUGCUGCUGGCUGCAAAUAUAUACAGAUUGAUGAACCAGUUAUGGUGCGAAGCCCAGAAAUUGCAAUGGAUUAUGGGAUUGAUCACCUGACCAGAUGUUUUGAGGGUGUUGGUCCAGAGGUAGAAAAGACAGUUCAUUUAUGCUGUGGAUAUCCUGCCUAUUUGGAUCAGACUGAUUACAUGAAGGCAGAUAGAUCAAUCUAUAUGAACUUAGCAGAGAAACUAGACAAUUCUGGCCUCGAUGCAUUUUCUAUUGAAGAUGCUCACCAACAUAAUGAUCUCACCCUACUUGAGAAAUUCAAAAAGACCAAAGUAAUCUUCGGUGUUGUUGCCAUUGCUAAAAGUCGUGUGGAGACAGUGGAGGAGAUUAAAUCGCGUGUCAUGGAGGCAUUGAAGCACAUACCUAAGGAACGCCUCAUUCUGGCCCCAGAUUGUGGUCUGGCCUUCUUGCCUCGAGAUAUUUUACGUCAGAAGCUAAGCAACAUGGUGGCAGCAGCAAAGUCUGUAGUUUGAUGUGAUUAAAGUUAGAUAUUGGUCACCUUAUGGGCAGUCAAUGAGGAACAGUCCUGGGUUCAAUCCUGGGUCUGCAGUCAUAGAUAACUAGUAAUCUCUCUAACAGCUACACACUGCCUUUAAUGUUUAGGUAAAUCUGUUUUCUUUUAUUUUAUUAUUUUUUAAAAUAAAUUUUUUGACUGGACUCGAGGUAAUAACACAAUACCAGUAAUAUUUUUCUUGGUUUGCUCUCCUAGAUGAUAUUUUUGCAGACAAAUAGAUGUCUUAUUUAUUUAUUUAUUUAUUUAUUUAUUUAUUUAUUUAU